AUUAGGGUUAUGAGGGGUUUGGGGCUAUGGGAAGGAAGAAGAGGGGGAAGGGGUUGUGGUAUGGCUGGGGGUAGAGGCGAGUGUGAGAUAGAGAAGUUAGGAGAUGAACAGAUAGUGAGCGAUAAAGAAUUACCUGGGGGUGUCACAGGCAUGGCAGUUGCUAGUGGCCGUCGGCGGCACUCGCAAUUGCUAACUUCGCUAUUAUGGCUAUCGCUAAUGGUGGUCGAUGGUUUUGUGACCGUUGGUGGGGCUUUUGAUUCGCAGGGGGGUUGGGCUGGGCUAGGUGGAAUAGGCGCUGCGAUGAGGGAGGGAGAGGUUGGGAGACAUGAGAGAUAG